CCAUGACGUGAUCAUGGAUACGAAACGAAUGUUGAAAAGAAAUUUCGACAUGAAAGAUAUGGGUGUAGCUGAUGUAAUUCUUGGAAUAAGAAUUAUCAGAACCAAAGAUGGAAUUGUCUUGUCAGAAUCUCAUUACGUAGAGAAAGUGCUCAAGAAAUUUAAUGCCUAUGAAGGUCCUCUGUCUAGGACACCCCUUGAUCUUAGCUUAAAUCUGGAAGCCAAUAAAGGUCAACCAGUUGCUCUAUUGGAAUAUUCACGGAUAAUAGAGAGUUUAAUGUACUUGACGAACUGUACACGACCAGACUUGGCCUAUCCGGUGAAUAAGUUGAGUAGAUUUAUGAGCAAUCCCAGUCAUGAGAACUGGAAUGCUUUGAAAAGG